AUGAAUGUGCUGUUACAGGGAUCAGUGACAUUCCCGGAUGUGGCUGUGGACUUCACCCCAGAGGAGUGGCAGCUGCUUGACUGUGAGCAGAGAACCUUGUAUUGGGAUGUGAUGUUGGAGAACUUUAGAAACCUCAUCUCAGUGGGGGGCCCAGUUACCCAAACAAAAGCGAUCUUCAAGGCAGAGCAAGGACAAGAGCCAUGGAUGGGGGAGGGGGAGAACCCACGUUGGCGCCAUCCAGAAGUUAUCUGCUUACUCAGUGAUGCACUAGAGAGAGAGGAGGGAAGCAAAAACAAUUUUUUGAACCAAGAUAUGCUCACCUUCAAGAAAACACUGACCAAGGAGAGAGUCCAAAAUUAUAAUCUGAGUAUAAAAUAUAUUUCUUUAAGACAAACACAACGUAAAUGUGAGUCAAAUGGAAAGAGUCUGCAACCUAAUUCACACUUGCUCAGUUAUAAUAAAAGUUAUAUCCGAGAAAACUCUUAUGAAUACAAGGAAUGUGGAAAAGCCUUCAGAAACAAGUUUUGUCUCGUUAAGCAUGAAAAGAAGCCUACAAGAAAAAAAACCUUUGAAUGCAAUGACUGUGGGAAAGCCUUUAACAGUAAGGGACACCUUAUAGCUCAUCAAAAAAUUCAUAGUGGAGAGAGGCCCUAUGUAUGCAAUGAUUGUGGGAAAGCGUUUAUGCAUAAAGCACAACUGGUGGUCCACCAGAGACUCCACAUGGGAGAGAAACCUUACGAAUGCCAUCAGUGCGGGAAGUCAUUCACUUGGCACUCUUCCUUUACCCAACAUGUGAAAUCGCAUACAUUUGAGAACUCAUUUGAAUGUAAAGAAUGUGGGAAAACCUUCAGGUACAGCUCAUCCCUUUAUAAACAUUCUCAAAUUCAUACAGGAGAGAAACUGUACCGAUGUAGAGAAUGUGGCAAAGCCUUUGCAGACUUCUCAGUGCUAGUCAUGCAUCAGAGGAUUCAUACAGGCGAGAAACCCCAUGGGUGUACUAAAUGUGGCAAAGCCUUCAUCAAGAAGUCACAUCUCCUUAAACAUUACUUAACUCAUACAGCAGAGCAACAAAACAAAUGUAGUGCGUGUGGGAAAUCUUUUAACCAGAAGACUCUCAUUCUCCAUCAAAGGAGUCAUAAAAACAGGGAAGCUGUGUGA